AUGUCAUCGUCGAAUGUAAGUAAUGUUUCUGCAACUGUCAGUGCCAUCAAUGAAGCUACAAUGGUGUAUUCCCGAUGCUGGCUAUUUAUGAUGGUCGCUCUUGGCAUGAUUGGUCAUUCAAUGAGCAUUUAUGUAUUUUCACGUCGUACACUCCGUAAAAAUCCAUGCGCCAAAUAUUUUUUAGCAUCAACUGUUGUCGGUUGUUGCAUCGUCUAUGGUAAUCUCCCUCUACGUACUCUUCAAAUGGGGUAUCAAAUCGAUGUAUUUGUAUAUUCAUUGCCAGUUUGUAAGCUUUUAUCGUUUCUAACGGCUUGUACAAGAGUUCUACCUGCGUGGUUUAUUGCUCUUGCCUGUGCUGAUCGGUUUUUACAAAGUUCAUCUUCUGCUACUCUUCGAGGAUGGAGUUCACUUCGUGUUACUCGUCUUGCUAUUCCAUUCACAACUCUCCUUAUCGGUCUUAUGCAUAUUCAUAUUCUCGUUUACAAUACAAUAGUUCAAUCUCCAUUAUCAUGUGUUGGUCAAUCAAGCACAUAUCAAACAUUUUAUAGUUUUUUUAAUUUGAUUAUAUGGGCUUUAGUUCCAUCUCUAGGGAUGCUUAUAUUUGGUUUGCUUACCAUUCAUCAGUAUCGUCAGGGAAAAAAACGAGUUGCACCUACAAAUACUCAAAAUGUUCGACAAAAAAUUUCAAGAUCAACUGAUCGACAAUUGAUUCAAAUGAUGCUCGUCCAGUCUCUCGUCUUUGGUCUAACAACAAGUGCCGCAUCAUUUAGUUUCCUUGGUUCUCUAUCGGAUGCCAAUUCCAUAACAGAUCCUAUUGGAGCAGCCAGAAAAAAUUUAAUUAAAGAUGUACUCUUCCAAGGUCCAAUUGGACAAAAUUACGAAGAAAUGAAAUCGAAAGUAAUUCGUAAUAUAUCAUCAUAUACACGUUCAGAAGUAGAAGAGAGAGUAUUACGUCGUGAUUUAAAAUUAGCUGCGAUAAAAUCACUAAAAUCAAAUAAAAAUACCAUCAUAUGUAAGGUAGAUAAAGGUACUUAUAUGAAAAAGGCAGAAGUUAUAUUGAAAGGAGUACACUUUCAAGAAUUAAAUAGUGACAAAUUUCAUAUUGAACGAGACGAAGAACUGAAUAAACAUAUUUUAUCAUUAUAUAAUAGUAAAGUAACAGAUAGCAAACUUCGUCACCAAUUAACAUCAACAUUUUAUCAAUAA